AUGGAACUGUUUGGAAAGACGAUUAAAGAUGUUAGUCUUGAAGUGACAUUAUCGAAACUAAUAGAACAGUUCAAAGGUGUUCAGCAUGAAAAAGUCUCAUGCGAUGGUUGCAAAAUGGAAUCGAUUGUUGGUAUUCGGUUCAAGUGUGAUACAUGUUCCAGUUAUGAUUUGUGUUUGAAAUGUAAGAGAGAAAAAGUAGAGACCAAUCAACAUAAAUCGAAUCAUCCACUAAUUGUCAUUGGCACAAAUCAUCUUCAGGAAAUUAACUUCAGCGAUAUUCAAUUCGGAGUUAAACUUGGACAAGGUGGUUUCGGCGCUGUUUAUAAAGCCAAAUGGAUUUCGAGAAAUCGCUAUGUGGCUUGUAAACGCUUUUCUAUAAUGCCGACUCAAAUGCAUCUGUUUGAAAGUUUCCAACGAGAACUCGCAGCUUACAACGAAUUGUCAGGUGCUUACAUUCUCAAAUUGUAUGGGUAUGCAUUGAAUAAGCCAAAGUCAGGAACGGAUGCGCUUCAGUGUGCUUUGAUUAUGGAGUAUAUGAGUAGUGGAAGUUUGGCUACUGUUAUUCGACAAAAUGAGAAGCUAUCACUAAGCUGUAAGCUCGAUAUGGCUUGGCAUAUAGCAAGUGGGAUGCGAAAGUUACAUGAUCGAAAAAUGAUUCAUCGUGACAUAAGACCUGACAAUAUUCUUAUCAACAAGUACUAUACGGCUAAAAUCGGUGAUAUGGGAAUUGCCCGUGGUUUACAAAGCCCGGGACAAUUUAUGACAGUUGUGGGCUGUCAACCUUAUAUGCCACCAGAAUUCUACACUGAGAGCUACGAUCAGUCGCUUGACGUAUUCACUUUCGGACUGACAAUCUACUACCUGUUCACGGAGAAAAAUCAUUCGUUCCAUGAACCGUCAAGAAAAGUUAUUUUGAACGAAAAAUGUCCUGUUUUCGACGAAUUAAUUCGUAGUUGUGUUCAUAAUGAUCAAAAACAGCGGCCGUCAGCCCUAGAAUUGGAGACUACGUUCAUAACGUACAAGCGUGUUUUCGAGAAACACAUUAGAGUUCAUCAUCCGAAAUAUGAUCGAGAGUCAGUAGAAGUUAUGAAUCAUAUUUUUCAACAGUUUUAUGAUUCUUUCCAUCCAAAGGCGAGUGCAGCACUUAAAGAGAAAUUUCCUAAAUUUUCUUCACACGCUCCGAUCGCUAUUGAUCCAGAUAAUAUUAAACAAUUAUUGCUCAUGCUUCUACAAGCAGGAACACAAGAAGAAUAG